AUGACCCAGUUCCACCACCCUGUCAACGAAGAGAAAAGCUAUCGGCGCGCUCUAUUCUUGUUCGCCUCCUUGGCGCUCGCAGGAGCAUGCAGCAUCUACCCGGUCAUGUGCUUCAAAGCACACAGCAGCAAGGAGAGGAAGGACACGGCAGUGGAGAUCGCGAAAGCAUCGCUCCCACUCACCCCGCCACAUAGCUCAUGUUCCGCAUCAGCAUCAUCGCCGACAUCACUCGUCCUCUCGACCACAUCGCCACCAGAGUCGGCACAGGCGACAAUACGACCAUCACGAGACGGACUCGGUCAACGGCGGUCGUCAUUAGGAGAGGACGCACGCCUACGACCAAGACAUCGAUCGCGAUCGCCGUCGACGCCACCACGGUCACCCGCCACCAAGAAGGUACCACCACAGCUCCUAGGAGGGCGUGCUGGGUCCGAUGCCGACGUUCUGAAGAUCGAUAAUUUGAAGCGAUUAUGCAGCUCCGAUUCUGAGACGCCACUCAGUUCCGCAAUUGAAUAUCACAACGCAAAUUAUGAAGCCACUGCCGCCCGCCUACGCAACUUGCUGUCGCCUGACUGUUCUCAGAAGCACGAAUCUGGAACCGGGAAGGAGCAACACCAGAAAGAAGGAGACUCGCCACCCAAGACGCCAAGUCCGAGUAGUUCUGCGAAGACGAACCGGACUGCAGAUUCUUCGACUUCCAACGCCAGCAGCUUCGCCUUUCUUGUGAGCAAUACAAGAUCCGAUACGAGGCUUUUCAAGCCACGAAGUCAACCUCUGGCGCAUCUGAAAAAACAGACUCCAUUGGAACGUCGGCCAGUCGAGAAGCGACGUGGUUCAUCCUAUUACAAGCCAAAGGUUGUCGAGGAUUCUGCAGUAAUUAAGGUGACCAUCCCCCACAACUUGAGAGGCUCAAUGUCUCUUUCAAUGGCCGACUUCAUCAAGGCUGGCAAGAUUGGGCAAUCCAAACCGCCAGACCACAUGCCGCUUUCGCGCUUCCACGACGGGUCCGUCAGACAUUCUUCCUCAAUGCACUCUUCGCGAGCAUCAAGAUCAGUAUCACCAGUCCCAAGAUUCCCAAACACGCAAGUUGCACCCAGGAAAUCGCUACUUCUGCGGGUCUCCACCAGUAAGGGCUUCAUACAGGCUCCGUCACUGGCGCGCAAAUCAGAUCCAGCAAGGCCGCAGAGGGAACGGUCCAGAAGUCGAGAGCCGCAUGACUCAACCAAGAGGCAGCCUUUGUCACCACCAACAUCGUUGCCCUCGGUCGUAGAUCGCCCUCAUGCACAGGAGCAUCAUCAUUGUGUCACACCACCAGAAGCUGAUCCAGGCUCACCAGCACAUCAUCGAUUCGUACAUGGUGACCACUACUUCCGCACAUUCGGCAACGAUACUAUGAACACUAAGGAGGCCAUACCAAGCCUCGUCCCACCAGAGAAGCCCUCUCCAGCAUCAAACCAAUCUGCCAAGAUAGCGUGGCGAAUACCAGGGGGGAGAAAUAAGUCUAUUGGCAGCAAACCCGAACAGCGCAAGCGUAGCAGCGUGUUCAAACUACGUCGCAAGACUGCAAUACUGGAGGGUGAUCGUGAGCUACCUGGAACUGGAGUGACCAGUGUCAGACCAGCUCUGGAGAAAGAUACUCCCGGCAUCUCGCUUACCACACCGGCUGAUGCCGAGCUGCAAAGACGACAUCUGGUCACGAGUUCAUCAGAGCAUACCCUCCCAAACUACUUCGCACAGCCUAGACGAAGAGAUCAUUCGUCCACCGCAUCUUCGCCCGCUAGGUCUCCUGGUGUCUCAGCGUCCUUGCGGCCUCGAGGUGCGCAUCGACGUCCAACAUCUUCGGACGAAUCUUCGCAGCUUUCACCGUUCACGAUACCACGCAGACCAAGACUAUAUAAUGCACGAACUCUCGAAAGCAUUGUCGAUGCGGAUCCUACCCCAGCUGGCUCUUCAGUGACUUCGCAAAACCACGUCAAGCAAGACAUCGGACUCCGUCAGCUGAAGUCUUCUAAGCAAUCGUCGCCACAUCUAUCUGCCAAAUUCAAAGCGGGAUCGUCAAAACAGGAGGCUGGCAUGAGUGUCGAGGAGCAAUCGAUGGUUGCGACCAUGCCUAAGCGGGUCGAGACUGCGAAGCGGGUCGUCUUUGAUUCCCGAGAGCUGCAGCCAGAAUACAGCAGUUCAACGUUACGCAGAUCGGCAGAGGCGAAGGAGAAGCGCGGACUAAGUCUGGCAUCCAUGACCUCCUUGUCAUCACUAGUCCGAGCCAUGGCUCCAAGGCCAGUACAGAAUAAGCUAAAGCGCAAGAGCUCUCAAGCCACUGUAACCAGUAUGGCAUCCAGUAAGCUUGCGCCGCUACCACCGCGCCGCAAUCUCGAGGUCACAGGCUCCUAG